UACUAAAUCAGAUGAUGUCCUACAACUUAAACCAGCACAAGAAUGUACUGUAUGUAACGAGGAUUGGUUGAGUGAUUUAGUUUCAACAUCAACGCAAGCAGAGAUUGACCCAAUUUAUUUCAUCCAUAAAAGAAUUUCCAGAGACACAGCUGAAAUAUUUAAAGUCCCUGUCCUGACAGAUCGUGUUCUAUGUAACGCUGAACAAUUUGACAUGAAUUAUGGCCAAACCGAGCCUCUAACUACCCGACUACAUAAUCUCCUUAAAGACUACACUGACGGGUUCACAAUACCGAAAGAGAUUAUUCAAAAUGCGGAUGAUGCUGGAGCUACAACUGUUAAACUAUUGUAUGAUGAAAGAAUAGUAAAAGAAGCUCAAACGUGUCUCUUUAAUGAAGGCAUGAUUCCAUGUCAAGGCCCAGCCUUCUGGGCAUAUAAUGAUGCCAUCUUUACUGAAGAUGAUUUUAGAAACAUUACCAAACUAGCAGGAGCUACGAAGAAAGACGAUAGUAUGAAGAUAGGAAGAUUUGGUUUAGGGUUUAACUCCGUGUAUAAUUUGACAGAUGUUCCAAGCUUUCUAUCUGGUGAAACCUACGUUGUGUUCGACCCACACGAAUCUCAUCUUGGAAAAAGUGGAUUAAAGAUUAAUCUGAAUUUUCCUGGAAACCAAUUAAUGCGGAAUAAAAUGAAGGGUCAGUUUUAUCCAUUUGAAGGCGUUUUUGGAUGUAGUAUCGUGAACAAAGACCGAGUCCAUUUUAAAGGCACGCUGUUUCGCUUACCACUCAGAAAUUCGGACGAAGCUUCUAAAAGCGAAAUAAAGGAUAUAAGCUACUCAAAAUCUGAAAUGAAAGAGUUUAUUAAGAAGAUAGAAGACGGAGCUGGUAACUUACUUCUUUUUACACAGCAUGUGAGUAAGAUUGAACUUUAUCACCUAGAAAAGGAUUCUUCAUCUGGGAAACCUGAAUUAUUAAUGGAAGUAUCAAAAUCGUCAAACCAUUCGGGACAGUCUGUUCUUCAGACUUUAACUGAAGCAAGAAAUCCUGAUGCCUACUGUACCGAGGAUAUAAAGAUCACCCUGUCAAUAACACACUGCUCUAAGAGCGUUUGCGGUCUAGAUAAAUUAGACGUUACUGUUCCAUGUAUAAUCAACUGGAGUUUUGGUCAGGGGUCUUCAAUACACGAAGCUGAAAGAAAUGAAUUCAAGGGUCUUCUACCUGUAGCCGCCACUGCUCUUACUGAAGUACCGGUACAGAAUAUUCCAGGUUUCUACAAGGAGUCACAUUUAUUCUGUUUUCUUCCCCUUCCGAUUAAGUCCAAGUUACCUGUCCAUAUUAAUGCUUCGUUUGCUGUACAAUCCAGUAGACGUAAUUUGAUGUGGAGGAAUGAAGAUGACAAGGAAUCAGAAUGUGUUGAAGAUAGAUGGAAUACAGUUUUACUAGAAGAUGCUGGAAGUCAAGCAUAUAUACGGAUGUUAACUACAAUGGCUGCUCGUCUGUCACCAGAGGAAUAUUAUAGGUUAUGGCCUUUUAUAUUUUCACAACCCAAACAUGAUAAGAUAUUAACCAGGGAAGUUUAUAUUACUAUUUGUAAAGGUGACUGUGCAGUUUUCCCCUCUAACAACGGGAUUGUGUCCUUGAAGCAAUCUGUUAUCCUUUGUCCAGAAUUAACAACAAUUAAAGAUGCUGGAAAUAUAGCCUUAAGAGCACUACGAUAUUUUGUUAUUGAAGAAAAACAAAAGUUAUCAAAUUUUGAUGCUGAUGUUACAAUAGUGGAUUUGCCGACAGCCUUGUUGAACAACUUCAAACUUUCUGGGUGUGAAAAUCAAAUAAAUGAACGAAUAGUAUCCGUAGAUGAUUUUUACAAGGAGAUCGUCUUUCCUAAUCUAAAGAAUGCUUUUUGGCAAAAAGAAGAACUUGACGAGAUAAUUCUGAAUGGAAUUUUAAGCGGUAAUAAAGUUAUACUCCAUGCUAUUGCACUACACAAAUGCAUCCCAACAAAACCAAAUGGGGAACGAAAGUUACCUGCUGAACUAAUACAUCCUAACAGAGAACUCGCUAACCUUUUUUCUGUGGAAGAAGAAUGUUUUCCCGAAGAGAAUAAAUUUACAAAGUAUAAUACAUUAAAAGUUUUACAGAACCUAGGAAUGAAAACAGAUGAACUGGAAUGGGAGCAUUUGCCAAAAAGGAUACGAUCUGUUUUGCACUCCGGGCGUUCGGAAUUGCUGAUCAAUCGCACCGAAAAGUUCUUAAGAUAUAUGACGUCUACGCGUGACGCAGAACAGAGAUAUCAAAAAUGCCCAGAUGAAAUUCGCAAAGAACUUUCUAAUUUAGAAUUCCUGACAUUACAAAGACCACCAUAUAAUUGGACACUUCCGUGGUACGGUGGUGACAAUAAAGAACGGCCAUUCACAUCCCCUAUAAACGGAUAUUUUCCGGAAUGUCGACAUCUGGUAGGAUGCAUAAAACCAGUCGUUGAUGUAAAUAAAUAUACAUAUAACAGUAAAUUUACCGAUGUACUGAAAUGUUGA